AUGGGAGUCCUCAAUUUCUUUCAGGAUAAGAAGAUGCAGGUCGUCGCCUUCUCCUCCUCGGCGAUAGCCUUGUAUGGCUACGAUCAAGGCAUGAUGUCCCUCAUCAACACCAACAAAAACUACCUCGCCACCAUGGGCAUCGCCUCGGACUCGCCCCAAGUCGGCCUCAUCGUCGCCGUCUACUACCUAGGCUGCUCCGUGGGCGCCGUCUUCUUCUCCUGGUUCGCCGACCGCUUCGGGCGGAAACCCGCUCUGUUCGGCUGCCUCGCCAUGGCGUCUCUGGGGAACCUCAUUAUGUUCGUCUCCGGGUUAGGGUACAGCCAGGGCGCUCUGGCGGUGAUGUACGUCGGGCGGGUCGUGAUGGGCCUGGGCGUGGGGGGUGUAGACUCCGUCGUGCCGGUGUACAGUUCCGAAUUAUCGAGUGACGACGCACGCGGCAAGGCUCUCGCGCAGGAAUUCCAAGCGAACAUCUUCGGCCUGAACAUGGCGUUCGCGAUAAACCUCGCCGUAACGGUGCAGCUAGGCAAACGCAACGAAUGGGCGUGGAGGAUCCCCAUCAUCGCCAUGCAGAUCUAUCCGGUCGUCCUGAUGCUGUUCAUCGGGGCGUUGCCGGAGUCGCCGCGGUGGUUGGUGUUCCACGAUCGGCAGGAGAAGGCGACGGCGUCGUUGAAGCAGUUUUUGGCGGAUGAGGAGGCCAAGCAGAAGUGCGAGGACCUUGUUGAGGCGAGCAGGGAGGAGAGCGGGCAUAAGAUUGGGUAUUGGGAGAUGUUUACGCCGGGCCACGCGCAGUUUCAUCCGACUAUGUUGACGAUUAUGGGGCAGGUGAAUCAGGCGUUGACGGGUUAUGGCGCCGUCUCCGUCUACGGACCCCAAAUCUUCGAACUCCUAGGCUACGGCGUGCGGACAUCCGAGUACCUAACCCAAGGCAACUACGUCUCAUAUCUCAUUCUGAUGACCUUCGCCUGGCUGCUCAUCGACGCCCUCGGAAGACGAACAAUCAUGCUCUUCGGAUCCGGCACCCUGACAAUCUGCUUCCUGCUGCUCGCCGUCUUCGGAGGCCUCGCCGUCCACGCCGACGACCUGAAAAUCCACACCAACGCCGUCGCCGUCCCGGGAAUCGUCGUCCUCUUCAUCGCAACAGGAGCCUUUGGAAUCGGAUGGCUCACACCAGUAUGGCUCAUCCCCACCGAAAUCUACCCCACCGCCGCCCGCGCCCAAGGCACAGCCGUCAGCGUAAUAAUCUGGGGCCUCGCCAACUUCACCAUAACCCUCCUCACCCCGCUCAUGUUCAACAACCUCAAAUUCUGGCUCUACCUCAUCUUCGCCGCCACGAACCUCUUCGCGGGCGUCUGGACCUACCUCUACUCGCCCGAGACCGGCGGCCGGGCCUUCGAGGAGAACCAGGAGUUUUUCCAGGAUGCGCAGCGGGAGGGGACUUGGAGGGUGAGUCGCGUGCGGGAGGGCGAGUUUAGGUGGUUGCCGUAUCCGAAGCCGGAGGGGGCGGAGGGGGAGAGUCAGCCGCUUUUGAGGAGGAUUCGGGAUCAGGCGGAGAUUUAG